AUGAGGGCUCCUCCUUUAAAUGUAAAAGACAGUAAGAGUAAAAAAAAUAGUAACAUUGGCAAUGGUGAUAUAAAAGAAAAGAAGAACAAGAAUUUUUUUUUUUUUCCCAAAAAUGAAAAACAUAUUAACAAGAAAUUUCUUAAAAGAAAAAAUGACUCUGAAAUAAACUUUUAUGAAGAAGAACCAUAUUUAGAUGAUAACAUAAAUGAUGUGGAUUAUAUUGUCUUAAUAAUCCAUGGCAUAGGAUCUAAUGAAGAAUUAAUUAUAAAUCAGUGUGAAGAUCUUAAAAACAGUUUUAAAAUUGUAAAAAAAAUGUGGUAUUUUGAUUAUCCCUUUAAUAUACAUUUCCAUAUAUUCAACUGGAAAAAGUAUAUAAUCGAUGCUCAGAUUCACGUUUUCGACAGAAUAAAUAUUAACACAAUGGCUGAAACCCGCAAAAUUAUAAACCUUUCAGCGGGGGAUAUCAUUUGUUUUUUACAUCCAAGAUAUGGCGAUUAUAUAAUGUUAAAUUUGUACAAUGAUAUAAAUAAAACUUUAGAAUCUUUGAUGAGUGAUUCCAGUGGAAGGUUCAGAAAUGCAAAGAUAUGCAUGUUAGGAUACUCCCUAGGAAGUGCAAUGGCAUAUGAAAUACUACACAAUGUGAAAGUGCGAAUAAGUGACAGCAAUAUAAGAUACAAUUUAAAAAGUAAAAUUGAUUAUUUAUUUACACUUGGAAGUCCAUUAAGUGCAUUAUUAUCUUUAUAUAAACCAGAAUAUAUAAAUGAUGGUUUAAAAUUAAUUGAUGGUAUAAAAUUUUAUAAUAUUUUUCACGGAUUUGAUCCCGUAGCUUUUAGAAUAGAACCAUUGAUAUAUCCAAAGAUAAAAAAUAUUCCUGGGCCUGUUUUAAUAAAUUAUUGGAGGAAUAAUGGAGCUAGGUAUUGGUUUGAAUGGGAUAAAAAUAUGCAGAGCGCAAAAAUUGCAAUAGUACAAAAUCUAAAUGAUAUUACAUCUGCUAUUACUAACGGAUUCUAUAAAUUUUUAGGUAAAACUGAAACAACUGUAGAGGAUCAAGGAACAUUAAAUAAAAAUAUCUGCUAUAAUAAAUGUGAGAGUAAAGACAUAAAUAUGUUUUUAUUAAAAGUAAAAGAAAACCAAAGAAAAAUGACUUUACAGAAAAGGAAAAUUGAAAGAAAUAAAAAAAAGACAGAAAAGGAAAAAACACUACCUCCGUAUGACCAAGUAACUGAACGAAAAAACAAUACAAAAUAUUAUCACAAUAAUGAUAAUAAUAAUGAUAAUAAUGAUGAUAAUAAUAAUGAUGAUAAUAAUGAUGAUAAUAAUAAUGAUGAUAAUAAUGAUGAUAAUAAUAAUGAUGAUAAUAAUGAUGAUAAUAAUAAUGAUGAUAAUAAUGAUGAUGAUAAUGAUGAUAAUAAUGAUGUUAAUAAUGAUAAUACGAACGAUUCUUAUCCUUAUCAGAAUAGCGCUCUUAACUCUCAUAAAGCCUAUAACGAGUACAGCAAUUACAACAAUUACCAUGAUAACGAUUCUAAGGAUAAUUCAUCGAGUUAUGUUGAUAGCACUAGGAGCAUUUGCGCAUCGCAGGAUUCAAACAGUGAGCACUCUUUUUUUGAUGAUGACCUCAGCUCGAAUUCAAAUGAUUCCAAGAGUAGUGAAAUUGCAAACAAAGAAAAGGCAAAUAAUAGCAAAUCGGUGAGUAGUAAGUAUGCGAAUAGCAAAUUGAUGAGUGGUAAAGCAACGAAUGGCAAUGCAACUACUGGCGGGGGAAUCUCUACCAACGAUCUAAAUGAUGGCACGAAAAACACAAACAUAAAUAAGAAAAGAGUAGACACUCUUCCAAAUAAGGAUUAUAACGAAUUGCCCCUUCGAUAUGAUUACCAGUUGCAAGAAUUUAUUAUGGAACAUUAUAUAUACCCAUUGGCAGUGGCAAAAUCACAUUUCAAUUAUUUUAUUAUUAAAGACAUAUCUUUUUUCAUAUUAAAAGAGCUUAUAAACAAAACAGUAGCUUUAAGUUAUGAAGACUACUUAACUAAUAUUGAAAGAGAAUAUAAUAGCAAGUCAUUAAAUGAGAAAGAUAAUGAUAAAAAAGAAAAAUAUUUAAAAAUAUCAUUAAAGGCAAGCAAAGCAUUAGAGGAAUUUCGAAAAUACGAGAAAAAUAUGCAAGCUAUGUCUGACCCUUUUAACAUGAAAAAUUUCAAAAAUUUGAUUUGA